CCUGUACAUGCAGGGACACAUGUCACGUGUAAGGACUGCCUCCUUCCUGAGGCUCAGAAGGGAGAAUCUGAACAAGCCCGGAGUCACACUCUCCUAAUGGUGGAGCUGAAAUCCAAACCCAGCCUGACUGUGGCCCAGCCUGCCGCAUCCUCUAAGCAGCCCCGGCCCGGAGAGAGGAUCCGGCCCCAGCUGUCAAAGGAGAAGAUUGAGGGCUGCCACAUCUGCACGUCGGUCACCCCCGGGGAGCCCCAGGUCCUCCUGGGGAAGGACAAGGCCUUCACCUAUGACUUUGUCUUCGACCUGGACACCUGGCAGGAGCAGAUCUACUCCACCUGCGUCAGCAAGCUCGUGGAGGGCUGCUUCGAGGGCUACAAUGCCACAGUGCUGGCCUACGGGCAGACGGGGGCGGGGAAGACGUACACCAUGGGCACCGGCUUCGACGUGGCCACAGCGGAGGAGGAGCAGGGCAUCAUCCCGCGGGCUAUCGCGCACCUCUUCGGGGGCAUCGCGGAGCGCAAACAGCGGGCGCAGGAGCAGGGCGUGGCCGGGCCCGAGUUCAAAGUCAGCGCCCAGUUCCUGGAGCUCUACAAUGAGGAGAUCCUCGACCUCUUCGAUAGUGCCCGCGACCCUGAUGCCCGCCACCGCAAGUCCCACAUCAAGAUCCACGAGGACGCCAGCGGCAGCAUCUACACCACCGGCGUCACCUCCCGCCUCAUCAGCUCCCAGGAGGAGCUGAUCCAGUGCCUGAAGCAGGGCGCCCUGUCCCGCACCACGGCCAGCACCCAGAUGAACGUGCAGAGCUCGCGCUCUCACGCUAUCUUCACCAUCCACCUGUGUCAGAUGCGCGUGUGCACCCGGCCCGACCUGGUGAACGAGGCCGUGAGCGGGCUUCCUGAUGGCGCCCCUCCUGCGAGUGAGUACGAGACACUCACUGCCAAGUUUCACUUCGUGGACCUGGCCGGCUCCGAGCGGCUGAAGCGGACAGGGGCCACGGGCGAGCGGGCCAAGGAGGGCAUCUCCAUCAACUGUGGGCUGCUGGCCUUGGGCAACGUGAUCAGCGCCCUGGGGGACCAGAGCAAGAAGGUGGUGCACGUGCCCUACCGGGACUCCAAGCUCACCCGGCUCCUCCAGGACUCGCUGGGCGGCAACAGCCAGACCAUCAUGAUCGCCUGCGUGAGCCCCUCGGACCGCGAUUUCAUGGAGACGCUCAACACGCUCAAAUAUGCCAACCGGGCCCGCAACAUCAAGAACAAGGUGGUGGUGAACCAGGACAAGACCAGCCAGCAGAUCAGCGCGCUGCGGGCCGAGAUCGCGCGCCUACAGAUGGAGCUGAUGGAGUACAAGACGGGCAAGAGAGUGAUUGGGGAGGAUGGCGCCGAGGGCUACAGCGACCUGUUCCGGGAGAACGCCCUGCUGCAGAAGGAGAACGGGGCGCUGCGCCUGCGGGUGAAGGCCAUGCAGGAGGCCAUCGACGCCAUCAACAACCGCGUCACCCAGCUCAUGAGCCAGGAGGCCAACCUGCUCCUGGCCAAGGCCGGAGACGGCAAUGAGGCCAUCGGUGCUCUGAUCCAGAACUACAUCCGGGAGAUCGAGGAGCUGCGGACCAAGCUCCUGGAGAGCGAGGCCAUGAAUGAGUCCCUGCGCCGCAGCCUCUCACGGGCCUCAGCCCGGAGCCCCUACUCCCUGAGUGCGUCCCCAGCCGCCCCGGCCAGCUCCAUGGAGGACGCCUCUGAGGUCAUCCGCCGAGCCAAGCAGGACCUGGAGCGGCUCAAGAAGAAGGAGAUCAGGCAGCGGAGAAAGAGCCCAGAGAAAGAGGCCUUCAAAAAGAGGGCAAAACUCCAACAAGAGAACAGCGAGGAGACCGAUGACAACGAGGCCGAAGAGGAGGACGAGGAACGAGAGGAGAGCGGCUGUGAGGAGGAAGAUGGCCGGGAAGACGAGGACGAGGACUCGGGCAGCGAGGAAAGCCUGGUGGACUCCGACUCUGAUCCAGAGGAGAAGGAGGUGAACUAUCAGGUGGACCUGGCCGACCUGACGUGCGAGAUCGAAAUCAAGCAGAAGUUGAUUGAUGAGCUGGAGAACAGCCAGCGGCGGCUGCAGACUCUGAAGCACCAGUACGAGGAGAAGCUGAUCCUGCUGCAGAACAAGAUCCGGGACACGCAGCUGGAGCGCGACCGCGUGCUGCAGAACCUCAGUACCAUGGAGUGCUACACAGAGGAGAAGGCUAACAAGAUCAAGGCGGACUACGAGAAGAGGCUGCGGGAGAUGAACCGGGACCUGCAGAAGCUACAGGCCGCGCAGAAGGAGCAUGCGCGGCUGCUCAAGAACCAGUCUCGCUACGAGAGGGAGCUCAAGAAGCUGCAGGCCGAGGUGGCUGAGAUGAAGAAGGCCAAGGUGGCCCUGAUGAAGCAGAUGCGGGAGGAGCAGCAGCGGCGGCGGCUGGUGGAGACCAAGCGGACCCGGGAGAUCGCGCAGCUCAGGAAGGAGCAGCGGCGGCAGGAGUUUCAGAUCCGAGCUCUAGAGUCCCAAAAGAGGCAGCAGGAAAUAGUCUUGAGGAGGAAGACUCAGGAGGUUUCUGCACUAAGGCGUCUGGCCAAGCCCAUGUCUGAGCGGGUGGCAGGGCGAGUGGGACCGAAGUCACCCAUGCUGGACUCGGGGGCCGAGGUGUCGGCCAGCACCACCUCGUCCGAGGCCGAAUCGGGGGCCCGCUCCGUCUCCAGCAUUGUGCGCCAGUGGGACCGCAAGAUCAACCACUUCCUGGGGAGUCACCCUGCGCCCACAGUGCCUGGUGCCCGCCCUGCCAGAAAGAAGUUCCAGAAGAAGGGGGCCAGCCAGAGCUUCAGCAAGGCUGCCAGGCUCAAGUGGCAGUCACUGGAGCGGAGGAUCCUGGACAUCGUCAUGCAGAGGAUGACCAUUGUCAACCUGGAGGCCGACAUGGAGCGGCUCAUCAAGAAAAGGGAGGAGCUCUCCCUCAUGCAGGAGGCACUGCGCAGGAAGCGAGAGCGGCUGCAGGCCGAGAGCCCUGAGGAGGAGAAGGGGCUGCAGGAGCUGGCGGAGGAGAUCGAGGUGCUGGCGGCGAACAUCGACUACAUCAACGACAGCAUCGGCGACUGCCAGGCUGCCAUCGUGCAGCUAGAGGAGACCAAGGAGGAGCUGGACUCCACGGACACGUCGGUGGUCAUCAGCUCCUGCUCCCUGGCUGAAGCCCGCCUCCUGCUAGACAACUUCCUCAAGGCGUCCAUUGACAAGGGGCUGCAGGUGGCACAGAAGGAGGCACAGAUCCGGCUGCUGGAGGGGCGGCUGCGGCAGACAGACAUAGCAGGCUCCUCCCAGAACCACGUGCUCCUGGACGCCCUGCGGGAGAAGGCCGAGGCCCACCCUGAGCUGCAGGCCCUCAUCCACAACGUGCAGCAGGAGAAUGGCUAUGCCAGCACAGACGAGGAGGUGUCCGAGUUCUCUGAGGGGAGCUUCUCCCAGUCGUUCACCAUGAAAGGCUCCACCAGCCACGAUGACUUCAAGUUCAAGGGCGAGCCCAAGCUGUCCGCCCAGAUGAAGGCUGUGUCAGCUGAGUGCCUGGGCCCCCCGCUGGACGUCUCCACCAAGAACAUCACCAAGUCCCUGGCCUCCCUUGUGGAAAUCAAAGAGGACGGCGUGGGCUUCUCGGUUCGAGACCCCUACUACCGAGACAAGGUCUCGCGGACCAUCAGCCUGCCCACCAGAGGGAGCACUUUCCCCCGACAGUCUCGCGGUGCGGAGACAUCCCCUCUGACCCGGAGGAAGUCCUACGACCGUGGGCAGCCCAUGAGGUCCACAGACGUGGGGUUCACGCCCCCCUCGUCCCCUCCCACCCGGCCCCGCAACGACCGAAAUGUCUUCUCUCGUCUCACCAGUAACCAGAGCCAAGGGUCCGCGUUGGACAAGUCUGAUGACAGCGACUCCUCUUUGUCGGAGGUCCUGAGGGGCAUCAUCACCCCGGUCGGAGGAGCCAAGGGCGCCAGGACGGCCCCGCUGCAGUGCGUCUCCAUGGCUGAGGGCCAUACCAAGCCUGUGCUCUGCGUGGAUGCCACGGAUGAGCUGCUCUUCACGGGCUCCAAAGAUCGCAGCUGUAAGAUGUGGAACCUGGUAACGGGGCAGGAGAUUGCAGCUCUGAAGGGCCACCCCAACAACGUGGUCUCCAUCAAGUACUGCAGACACUCGGGGCUCGUGUUCUCCGUGUCCGCCUCCUACAUCAAGGUGUGGGACAUCCGAGACUCGGCCAAGUGCGUCCGGACGCUCACGUCCUCGGGCCAGGUGGUCUCGGGGGACGCCUGCGCAGCCGCGUCCACCCGCACAGUGACCAGCGGGCAGGGGGAGCACCAGAUCAACCAGAUCGCCCUCAGCCCCGCGGGCAGCACGCUCUAUGCCGCCUCUGGGAACGCCGUCCGCGUCUGGGAGCUCAGCAGGUUCCAGCCUAUUGCCAAGCUGACUGGCCACAUUGGCCCUGUGAUGUGCCUGACGGUCACCCAGACCGCCAGCCAGCAUGACCUGGUGGUGACUGGCUCCAAGGACCACUACGUUAAGAUGUUCGAGCUGGGUGAGGGCGUGACGGGCACCAUCGGGCCCACCCACAACUUCGAGCCCCCGCACUACGACGGCAUCGAGUGUCUGUCCAUCCAGGGGGACGUCCUGUUCAGUGGCUCCCGGGACAACGGCGUCAAGAAGUGGGACCUGGAGCACCAGGAGCUCGUGCAGCAAAUCCCCACGGCACACAAGGACUGGGUAUGCGCCCUGGCCUUCGUUCCGGGCCGCCCCAUGCUGCUGAGCGCCUGCCGUGCGGGCGUCGUCAAGGUCUGGAACGUGGACAACCUCACACCUAUCGGCGAGAUCAAAGGCCACGACAGCCCCAUCAAUGCCAUCUGCACCAACAGCAGGCAUAUUUUCACCGCCUCCAGUGACCUGACCGUGAAGUUCUGGAGUGCCCGGCGCCUGCCCAGCGGCCCCCACUAGCAGUGAGGUCAGAGGACGCCUACCCCUCGGCCCAGCUGCCUGGACACAGGAGGGGACAGAGGGUGUGGCCGAUGGGCGUGGCCCUUCCUGCCCCCACCCCCGGCCUUCCCACGAGUUACAGUCCCCUGAAUCCACCACCUCUUGGGCAUGGGCGGUCGGGGAGGAAAUCAAGCUGUGAAGCCACAGGGCGAUUCCCCCUAUUUCUCCCUCCUCCUGGCCCCGAAUUCUGUUGCCCAGCUGGCCACCCUCUUCUUCCAGCCUUUGGCCCAGGGGACUCCUGUCGGAGCGGUGAGGCGGCCCCCGCCGACCAGGCCUCCCCUCCGCCCCCCGGCCCAGCCACUGCACCUGCCUCUGAGCCCAGAAAGACAGCCCUCAGGUAACGAUGCAAACCAGGUGCGGGCAGCUAGCCCCGCAGCUGACCUCUGCCCUCGGCCACCAGUGGCCGCUCCCCGUGGACCCCAGCGAUUCCUUGGGUCCCUUUCUGACAGUCUCAGCGGAGCUGCUGAAAAGAUUCCUUUGGGGAGACUGUCAGAAUGCUUCAGUUAUUUAUGUUGUUUUUUUUAUUUUUACUUUUGCUGUUGCCUCCUGGAAAACUGACUUGAAGUUCCUCCCCACAUGUUCAUUCCCGCAGCUGUCGGGCGGAAUCUCUGCGUGCUCUGCAGAGCAGGGCGGUGCCCCAGGGGCUCUACAGCCCGGGGCCUGGCCUCACCUCAGGGGGGGGCUGCUCUCGGGACCCCGCCCCCAGCCACUGGGCGCCUCCGUGCCUUCCUCCGCCGGGCUGGGCGCCCACCCGCGCAGCCUUACACCAGCCGCGCCCACAGGGGUCUCCUCGCCCGUGGGGCCUCCCGCCCGCGGCCCCCACUCCCCGAGCCCCACGUGGGCCACACAGAAGCAGCUCAGAAAACCGUCCACCAGGAAGGGGAUCGGACGUGUGCCCCGCCCCCGCCCCCGCGCGUCCCCCCGAGCCUGGCAGCACCCGGGGCCUCCUGGCCCCGAGGGGCCAGCAGUGAGGCCGAGUCUGCCGAGCUGCUCUUUCCUGGGGGCUGGGCACCCCCCCACCCCACCCCCACCCCCACUACUGAGAUGUUCCUCUUUUCCUUUUCCACGCAUUUUUCUGACUCUAACCUGGCCUUGUGCUUCCUGGCCUCAGUCUGGGGGGCCGGGAGCCCCAGCUCUGUCCAGAGAACACGGUGACCUUUGGGGCUUCGGGAGGCAGCCCUCCGCACCCCUCCCCACGUGACACUUGGGGAGGAGGGAAGGAGGACAGGGCCUCGCCCUACUGCUCAGAGCUGCUCCCCAGCUAAGAAAGCCAUCCCGCCAUGAGCGGCCCCGGCUGGACUCGGGGCAGACGUCGGGGAGCAGUCAUGCAGAGGGACCUGUGCAGAGCUGGGACAGCACCUUCAGGACCGGAAGCCCCUCCUGCUGGGCCCCCCAGGGGCACUGGGAGCCCCGUCCGCCGCUGAGAAGUGGGCGCUGAGAAGCCACCCCUCCGUCUACCCCCCGGCCCCGCCCCUCCGUCUACCCGCUCAACAGAAAGCUCAACCUUGCGACCUGUACGUGAGAAUACUCAUGACUGUUUACAGACUGUAGAAAUACAAAAGACUGGCUGCCCUCGCCUGGGGCCUGGACCAUGGCUGCAAGCCUGUCCUUGCUCGAGGGGGGCCGUUUGCCCACUAGAGGUGCUCGGCGUCCCGCUGUUGCCGACGAGUCCGCUACCUCAUGGCGGGCUAGCUCUGCUGUCCUGGCGGGAAGCCCUGACUCUGGGGUCUCGGAAGCAAUUCCCAGCCGUGCCCCGGAGCUCUGAAGUCAGCACACCCUGUCGGGCUUGUCAGGGUGCCCAGUGGGGGCCCCGCGCCCCUCCCUGCACAAGCUUUCUAGAUGUGGAAGCACAAAGUGGUUGAGAUGAGAGCACAAGGCAGGGCUGGCAGCCGGCGACCUGGGCAAGCCCGCCAGGAGGUCCCGCCCCGGGGGGCGCUGAGGAGGCCUGUCCCCCUCCCAGGGCUCAUCCUGCAGUGCUGCCCCUCUGAGCCACCCCAAGGCUUGAGGCUGGCCCUGCAGGCAGGCCAUGUCGGAGGGCUGGCCCCGGAGUGGCACCCUCUUCCCCGCCAUGUCCUGAAUCUUUGAAUGCCUGACCCCAACCCUCCUGACUUGGAUCCUUACCCCCCCACCCCCCCCAGGCCGAGCCCUGGAACAGCUUUAGCAGCUGGUUGGUGAGCUCCCUGAACUGGGCCGUCUUCUGGCCUUAGCCUGGUCCUGGGCCCAGACCUCGGCUCUCAGCAUCCUCAGGCCAGCGUCUCUUCCGUCAAUGGGGCUGGCUCCUACGAGGUGGCCAGAAGACCCCAGGCACACCUGACGUCACGUCCGGAGCUUGCCGGGGGGAGGGAGGCUGAGAGCCGAGGCCGGCUUGACCGAGCCCAUGAGGCUGUCAGGGAGCCGCCAUUUGGGAAGGGCCGCCUGUGGGUCCAGGGGUCUGACCCUGCUGCCUGCCCGGGAAUUGAAAGCACAAAGCGCUGGAGGGGCCUCCUUGUGCCGCCCAGCCAGCGAGGCGCCCCAGGCGGCCGCUGUGAAGUCAGGAAUUCCUGGCCUCUCCUGCCCUUCGCAGUGGGGGGUGGGGGGGGUUGCCCAGGCUGCCGGAGUCCUCUGAAUUGGUCUGGGCCGCGUGCGGGCACACCCCCUGGUCUUUGAGCCUCGCCUCACCCACAGUGCCAGAGCCUAGAGCUCCUUCCCACCAAAGUGGCCCAAAGCCAGCUCCUCCAUCCCUUUGCCCCCUCCUCCAGCACAGGAAACAGUGCCGAGCUCAGCUGGGCAUGGCCUCCCGGCCGGGCUCAGGAACCAAGCCUUGGCCGGUUCUCCCCAGGAGCCCUCCUCUCCUGCUCUCAGGCCCUCCCCUGCCUUCUGAUGCACAGGCACAGAGCCCGCGGGAAAGUUCUCACUUCUGAAGCAUCUUUGCUCUCCUCCCCCACCACCCCCGGAGCUCAGAGGGUGCUCCGGCCCCCACAGCUCCCUGGUCCAGCCCUCUGAACACCUGUCCCGAGGGCCCUGCGGGGUAGCCAAGGGUCAGAGAAGACCCCUGCCCCGCCCACCAGCUCUUUUCUAGCCAUCCCCUGCCGGGGCGCGGGGCUGUGUUUGGCUCAGCUCCUCUGCUGGGUGGUCGCACAGGUGUAUGUAUGUUUUGUACGCUGGCCAAUGACUGUACAUAGUGUAUGAAAGUUAUUUAAGCUCAUGCUGUACAUUUCUGUUCCCAGACAGGAUGUGAGUGUUCGAAGAAGCUGUCGUGAAUAAAACUCGAAUGGCCAUUGUC